UACGCAGUGCAGCUUUACUCCGCUCAGGAGCGAAAGUUUCAGAGAGAAAAGCCGGAAGAGAAGAUGAAAAUAACAUGGACGAAGAAGAGCGGCAACAAACGCUCUCUCCCCGCCAUAGCUCACUAUCCGAAUCUCCCUUUCGAACAGAACGAAGAUGACCAGAGCGAAGCUGACAGAGCCCAAUUAGGGCAAGGGAACCACCAGAAGGAUCAAGAAACGCCGGAGUCGGUGCCUCUUAACCCAGAUUUAGAGCUCGCUGAAUCCUUUCAAUCUCAGGGAAAUAAGUUUGCACAGGAUGGGAAAUACCAAGAAGCACUUGGGAAGUGGGAAGCUGCCAUUAUGUUGAUGCCUGAAAGGGCAGUUUUACAUGAACAAAAGGCACAAGUUCUACUUGAGAUGGGAGAUGCUUGGAAUGCUUUAAAGGCAGCAACUCGAGCUACUGAAUUGGAACCCUCAUGGGCUGAGGCAUGGAUAACACUAGGAAGGACACAGUUAAACUUUGGGGAACCUGACAAAGCCAUUGAGAGUUUUGACAAGGCUUUAGCAAUCAAGCCUGAUUCUGAGGCACGAGAUGACAGACAAACUGCAUUACAUCUUAUUAAAAGGCGGAAGCAACUUCAUAUGUCUGGCUUGAGUACAAAUGAAAAUCGUUAUGUGGUUAGAGACAAGAUUGAGGAAUCAUGAAAUAAUGAUAAAGCGGAAAAGCAGCCUGCAAUUUGGACCUCAGAUUUGUGUAACUUCAGUGUUGUAUUUGUGGAAAUUGCAGCACCUAUAGAGUCAAUCAGCCACACAAAGUUAACAUACGUAUAGAGUCUAGAUUAGAGAAUCCCAGAGUUUUAAGUCGAGCUGUACAUAGCAGGGGGCGUGUACUUGGAUCUUGACAACACAAGGUUUAUCAGGACGGAAGCUUACGAGUGGCUGGAAUAAUCUAAUGCUCUGUACAUGAUACCUUUCCAAGUACUCUCAGAUAUCCUGAACAUUCAUUAUUAGCAGGGAUGCCAUAUUACUAUAUCAGUAAACAGUAAUCACUGGAAGCUCCUUAGAGCGCUCCAUUGAGACUGAGGUUGAGUUCCAGACAUAUCCUUUGAAUUACAUGGAUGAAAAUUUAUACCUCUAUCAUCAGGUUUUCUCUGA